GCUGAUGUUUGUUGCGGCGUGUGGCGCUUUCGCAUCUGUCUUGUACUCGCACGUCUCUCCACUCACUUUCCUAUAGGUAUUCGAAGUUGCUCACUCGCUGCGAGCGAAUGGCGAGCGCAAUGGAGGAAAACGAGUCAGUGCGCGGUAUGUCGUACAGACGAAUGCACACUCCAAGAGAAGACGACGAUUCUGACGAAGUACAACUACUGAGGAAGACGGAAUCGUACAGCAGAGCUGUGAACAGUGCUGGUAGGUCUGAUUCACCAUCAAUGGCGGCUCAGUCUAAAGCUCCGCUGCUGAGCGUGGAAGACCAGCUAAAGAAGGAAGUGUUGGAAUCACAGAGAAUUGACUGGACAGAUCAUGCCGAGGACUGUCGACAUAUCUGGGUGGACACGGAUGCAUCAAAGGCUGUCUGCUACAUCAACGAGUCUGACUUCUGCUCAUCGUCCAAAAGUAGUAGUAAGAGAUACAAGGUUAAGUGUGCCGCAUGUAAGGUGGUGGUGCAUGCAACCUGCAUUCGACAGGCAGUGAAGCUCGGCUAUACAUGUAGACACACGUUCAAGGAUGCCAACACCAAAGGACGAGACGCUACUAAACAUCACUGGGUGAACCAGAGAAGACUGCAGGGCAAGUGCAGACAAUGUGGCAAGGGAUUUUCUACCAAUUUUCUUAGCAAGGAUUUCAUUGGCGUUAGCUGCUCAUGGUGUAAAUGUUCGUAUCACAAUCAAUGCUUCAAUAUGUCUCUGGUAGAAGAACUGUGUACAUUGGGUAUUCACGAGGCACUCAUUGUGCCGCCAGCGUGGAUAGUCAAGCCAGCCAGAAAGAUAUCUCACGUUCCGCCCACAAAGUCGUCUCAAAAAAAGAAAAAGAGGAAACCAUCGUGGAAAAGAGCAAACUCAAAGAGAUCCACAGAUGAGAAGAAAUCUCCUUUUGUUAUCAGACCUAUCACAAUAGCACAUCACACACCAAUUGUUGUGUUUAUCAAUCCUAAAAGUGGCGACAAUCAGGGUAGCAAGCUGAUGCAUAAAUUUCAGUGGUUGCUGAAUCCUCGUCAGGUGUUCGAUCUUUCACUUGGUGGGCCCAUGGAAGGUCUACGACUGUUCAGUAGUCUGCCUGGUGCUCGCAUCAUGGCCUGUGGAGGAGACGGAACCGUUGGUUGGGUGCUCUCAGAGUUGGACAAGCUACGUAUUCGACCUCCACCUCCAGUUGCAGUACUUCCACUGGGAACCGGAAAUGAUUUGUCAAGGAGUUUGAAUUGGGGAGCGGCGUACACCGACGAGCCGAUGGAUAAAAUAUUACAAUCUGUUAGAACGGGACAAGUCGUGAUCUUGGACAGAUGGCAUCUGCAAGUGGUAACGAGUCCCGACAUCAAUACUGACAAUGUAGAGGAACUGCAAGGAGUUGUGAAGCCACCUUUAGAUGUAAUUAAUAAUUACUUCAGUAUUGGUGCCGAUGCACACGUGACACUUGAAUUUCAUGGGGCAAGAGAAGCGAAUCCAGAGAAGUUCACACAACGAUGGAGGAAUAAAAUGUACUAUCUCAGUGCUGGUAGUCAACAACUUCUCCAGCAGAAAUUUAAAGACCUUCAUAGACACAUCAAACUAGUGUGUGAUGGCAGAGACAUGACACCGCGAUUACAAGAACACAGAGUAAUAGCCCUUGUACUAUUGAAUAUCUCAAAAUACGCGUCGGGUACAACUCCGUGGGGAUCACCUCCAGAUGACUCACCUUUCAGACAACAAUCGACUGACGAUAAGAUAUUAGAAGUUUUUGCUUUGACCGCAGGGACGCUCGCUGGACUUUAUGUCGGAGGCCACGGGAUUCGAAUAGCCCAAUGUAGCAAGGUGGAGCUCACCACUCGUCGAUCGCUGCCGAUUCAAAUAGACGGAGAGCCGUGCAGACUUUUGCCGUCACUUAUCACUGUCACAUUACAAAACCAAGUGUAUAUGGUUCGGAGAGUAAAACGUCAGGGACUGACAUCUGCAGGCCCCACAUCAUACACUCCACAACCGGCCAUGGUCAAAGUGGCCGUUCGUAAAAUAACUCUUGAGCAAUACGAAUCGCAUCAUGAUCUCGACGUUGUACGAGAUAUGGCUACGCCACUUGGCAUGCUGUAUGUCAGUGCACAUUGUGACCUAAGCGACAUCAGACUCAGUCUUGACAAGUACUGUCAACCAAGCGACAACGAAUCAAAACGGCUUUUCGAAAAGUGGUGCUUUCUAGAUGUUCAUCUCAGCGGAGACACUGAAAAGUUGUUUCGUGUCGAUAUGGCUGAAGAGAAGUCACUUUCAAUAGCAGAUAUUCAUCAUGAAGGUAUCUACAUACUAGAAUUAGACGACAGUUUCCGAAAGCGAGUACAAACACUCCAGAUGACUAGUGGUGCUAGACGAAGUAGCAGUCCGAAGAUUCAGAGAGUAGCUCAUGGAACGGCUGUUAGUUUCUACAGAAGGAAGAUGCCAUCGAAAGAGGGCAGUGUGGAGGUCUCACGUGCUGAUGAUGUUUUGGACCUAAACGAUAUCCAACUUCCUGACCUAAUGGACACACCUGAGGAAUCUGAUGUGUAUGAAGACGAACCCGAUCCCAAAGUGGAUUUACUCCGGAGACCGACCGAGAUACGGUUACAGUUACCGCCUUCGUUUGGAUUUAGCCAUGAGGAGCAUCCUUUACCAUCCGUCGUCGGUGUUAGCAACAUUUUGGCUAACGGUACGAAAGCUGCAGACAGUCCUCUGUCACCAGAUGAAAAGGAUGUCAUAGAGAUCAGGAAGGCAAAAGCUUUGCUCGAUGCUGCCAAGCGUGGAGACACAGAGCGAAUGCAAGCACUUAACGAAAUGGGCUUAGCAUUGACAGUUCGAGGCAAAGAAGGUCUUUCACCUUUGCAUCAUGCCGCAAGACACAAUCGAAGAGAGACGGUACGAUGGCUAACCCAAAUGCUUCCAAGAGAAGCACUGGAUCUUGUGGAUGACCAUCGGUUACAAACAGCUUUACAUAAGGCAGCAUGGUAUGGUUAUCGUACUGUGUGUAAACAUCUAGUGGAAGCGGGAGCAUCACUACUACGUAAAGAUUAUCAGGGAAAUACGCCCUAUAACCGGAGUCUAGAAGGGACUGAUAGAGAACUACAGGCAUACUUAGCAGCGGCUGAAAAACGUCAAGUAAUAGCCCAAGAUGAUCAAGAAACAGCAGUCUAGUAGUUGAAACAACGACAAUAGUAUUCUGGCACACAACACUUGCUGGUGACACUGUAAACUAGAAUGGACUUGCUUUGUGACCUUUUCAU